AGUCAUCCGUUUUAUUUCAAUGUAAUGGGCUUCCGAACCGUUUUACAGCUGAUCGCCUGCUUUCUGUUGGUGAAUGUGCGCUCGGAAGUGCAGAAAGAGAUUUCACUAGAAUGUCGUGAAUUUCUGUAUAUGGGUACCGCCCCACGGGGUCUUGAGAACCGCUCUCUUAAAAAGAUAUGUCAGCGUUAUAAUGGUAAGGCACGGUAUAUCACUCUGUAUGAUAUAGUAGACCACAUCCCGGUGUAUUCUGCAUACACUUUCAAGCGCUCCGACGGCUCCAAGAAGGUUGACGUCCCUUGGAUGUUCGAGCCUCAGCUCUCCAAAGAUUCUAACUCUGGUGAGAUGCAACCAUUCCCCCAGGAUUAUCUUCCUGGCAGUUUUUCUGAUGCCCAGGCUGUGUUGGAAGACUACUCAAACAUUGUCGAUUUCGAACGAGGCCAUUUAAAUCCUGAUGAGCACCAGGCUCACCCUGACGACAAGGCGGCCACCUACACCCUGACCAAUGUGGUCCCACAGGUACGCGAGUUCAACAUCGGUCACUGGAAAAGGCAUGAGCACAUCAUCCGCCGUCGCCUCAACAACUACUGCCGUGGCACGGCAUAUGUAGUAACUGGUGUCACCACCUCAGGCAGGAUGAUCCGCAGACACAACAUCGACAGAGUGGCCAUCCCCACCUACUUGUGGUCAGCGUAUUGCUGUAUAGAUUACGAUCACAAUGCACCCUUUGAAGAACGAUCCAAAUUCCCAGCCUUUUCAUCCCAUGGGCUCAAUGAGAAAGAAGGAUCGGAGGUCUUGGAGAUGUCCGUGAGUCAACUGGAAGAUUUUUUGAAGAAGAACACCUUUGUAGACAAGAGGUUUCAGAUUUUCUUUGACAACUGUAAGCCUAACGAUGGCAUCGUGUUGGGAUGAUUUUUUACACUUUUGUGUACACGUAGCUUACCAUUUGUUAGCCGAGGGCUAUUUUUUAACCCUGGGCUAACGCAAGGAUGUAACCAAAUAUUUAAGUGGUAGACAAUCUAAUUACUUUUGUAACACAAUUUCUUCCAAUUCUUCCGAGAGUGUUAAAAUUAGUUUAAUGACUAAAGUCAUCUGGGACAUCAGUGGUUUUAUUAGGUCCAUUAACAUGAAAUGAAAAUGCCACAUCAAAUCUUUUUUCACA